GAAAGAAAUGGGAAGAAGGGAGUGAGAAAGAGAGAAGAUGAAGAGAGAGAGAGAGAGAGAUAAAGGGGGUCCUCCAAAGUCCAAAGUGCAAGAUUAUGCCCCAAGCCUACUAAGCCAAAGCCUGUCUUAAAUUUGCAGUGAGAGAAGGGAGAAUCAGUCUCAAGAGAAAGCCAAGCCAGAACGCCAACAACUGAAACUGCACUUAUAACACAUAUAUAUCAUCUCCAUAUCUUAUACUCCACAAACAUACAUACAAAUAUACAGCGAAAAAGAGAGGAAAAAAACCCAAAAAACAGAGAGACUUUUUUCAGUUACAGAUAUACAGACAUACAGGAUAAAGAAAGAAAGAAAGAAAGAAGAGGGAUAGCUCCCUCUCUGUAUUCAUAUUCCAAUCGAGUCUUUCCUUCCCUUUUCUUCCUUCUUAUCCAAUCCUGGAUCCUGCCUGGUGACGAGGGUUUUUUUGGAUCAAAGGGAGGUCCAUAAAGCUUCCUUUUCUGGGUUGAUUAAGGAAGACAUGUUAGAAGACAGGUCUUGUUUGGUUUCUCGGGACUAUCCAAGAACCUGUGACCAAGAAGGUAGCUGGGCUCGCAUGUACAGGCGGGAAAAAAUUGACAUUCUGCGUGGGAAGCGGCCGCUAGAAAAUGAUGGGCAGGAAGAACUUGUUGCUACAAAGGUUCCUAAGCAAUCAGAUGCUGAUAAAAGUUUAGAGACAGCUCUGACUUUGGGGGCUCUUUCGAUGCCCCCAGCUGACGAAUCCACUAAUCAGCGUCAUGCUGGAAGUAAUUCUGAUUCGAGUUCCCUCAUUCACGCUAUUGGCCGGGACAACUCUAUUAGCUGUCUAAUUCAUUGUUCAAGAUCAGACUAUGGUGCCAUUGCAUCAUUGAAUAGGAGUUUUCGCUCCCUAGUCAGGAGUGGUGAGCUUUAUAGAUUGAGGCGGCAGUCUGGUGUCAUUGAGCACUGGGUUUAUUUUUCAUGCCAGUUGCUCGAAUGGGAAGCAUUUGAUCCUUCUCGUCUCCGUUGGAUGCAUUUACCAACAAUGAAUCCCAAUGAGUGUUUUGUGUUUUCAGACAAGGAAUCUUUGGCAGUUGGCACUGAACUUCUUGUUUUCGGAAAGGAAGUUCUGUCUCAUGUCAUUUACUGUUACAGCUUGUUGACAAACACGUGGACUUCUGGAAUGAGGAUGAAUGCACCUAGAUGUUUGUUUGGUUCUGCAAGCCUUGGAGAGAUUGCAAUUUUAGCUGGUGGCUGUGACUCUCAGGGGAACAUCCUUAGUUCUGCUGAGCUGUAUAAUUCAGAAACAGGACAAUGGAAUACACUUCCAAGUAUGAAUAAACCACGGAAGAUGUGUUCCGGGGUAUUUAUGGAUAAAAAAUUUUAUGUAAUUGGAGGUAUUGGAGGACCUGAUUCAAAGCUUCUGACUUGUGGCGAGGAAUAUGACUUGGACAGAAGAAUUUGGACUGAAAUUCCAAAUAUGUCCCCUGUGCGGACUGGCGCAGCUAGGGAUACUGAGACACCUGCUACUUCUGAAGCGCCACCUUUGGUUGCUGUUGUAAAUGAUGAACUGUAUGCUGCUGAUUAUGCUGAUAUGGCUGUAAGGAAGUAUGACAAACAUAAUAAAGCAUGGUUUACAGUUGGAAGACUGCCUGAACGAGCAGUUUCAAUGAAUGGUUGGGGGUUGGCUUUUAGGGCAUGUGGUGACAGACUUAUUGUGAUUGGUGGACCAAGGACUGUUGGUGAAGGCUACAUUGAAGUCAAUUCAUGGGUUCCGAGCGAAGGCCCACCAGAGUGGAACUUGCUUGGCCAAAAGCAGUCUGGAAGUUUUGUCUAUAACUGUGCUGUAAUGGGAUGCUGAGGAGUUGGACUCAGUGGGCAUCAUGUGUACUUAAAUGGUGCCUUUUCUAACGGAUACAAGGUUGAUUCAGUGGCACAAUAUUCUUGCUAAUGGGUAAUUUAUCCCAACUCUUUUUAAUCAUAUUUUUCCUUUUCCAAGUGGGGGGAGGAAGGAUAGGAAGGAUUAGCCGAUUCGACUCGAGAUUCAACAGAAUGUUUUCUUUGGGAAGAGAUCUUGAGUACAUUUUUCAAAUUUCUAUCUAUAUUUUCUUUCCUUGGAAUUGUCUUCCCCCAUUUUUUAUUAACACAGGCAAAGAGAUAGUUUUAAUAACUUUACGGAGCCAUACAUUGGUAGGUUUUGGAUAGCAUUUGUUGGAGCUUUUCCAAAAAAUCAAAGAAUUUAGGUCAUUGGAGUAUUAUAAUCCUUUAUCUUCUUGGCUUUGUCGUGAGGAGAGAAAAUAAAGGAUGCAAGGUCGUUCUCUAGGAACAUGACAUAUGUACUGAAUACAUUUAUUGUUGGAAUUCAUGGGCUACAAAUUUGAGCUUUUCCUUCCACAAACUUCUUCCAAAGAUGUUUUCAUUUCUGGAGAACAGGUUUUGUAUAAUUGCAUAAUAUCCUACUUAGAAUUAAGUUUCAUAUCUCUCUCC